UUCUUAUCUUAUGGCACAGCUGAUUACGGUUGCAUAUUUGAAAAAAUAAGUUCCUCCUCUUUUGUGCAAAAGUUAGACCUAAAGAAGUAUUUUGUUUCUGGUACUGGUUGUUCCUGUCUCGUGGAUCAGAUUCAAGCUUGUGUCACCAUGUUGAUACCACAAGAAGCCCUUAAUUCAGCAAAAUGCAAUCUUUGUAACAAAUUCCUCUCGUAUUUUCCAAUUUAUACAUGUGAGAAUAAUCAGCCGAUUUGUGGCCGUUGCUCUGCAAUUUUGAACGAUAGUAAUUUUCAAAGAGCUACACUCUUUGAACAAAUUGCACAGUAUUUAAAAUUUCCAUGUAUUUAUCACACGGAAGGCUGUGUCGAAAACUUGUUCCCUGAUGAGGUUCCCAAUCACGAAGAGAACUGUCCUUACAAAAUAAUUGCAUGUUCACAAGAAUGCAUGUGGCAAGGAAGCGUCAACGAACUUUUGGAUCACUUUGAAGAAACUCAUCCAAAUGCAAUUUUGAGAGAUGGCGAGUUUGAAAUAAGUUUUCUUAAUUCGUACGAUACGUACAGUCUGCUUAUAUACGAAGACGAGCUUUUCAGUCUUAAACGAAAGUUUGAUAUUAACGAAAAUGUGCUGAAAUGUUCAGUUUUUUGCUAUAAAAUGUUGGAUCCGGUGACUAAAUAUAAUUAUAAAAUCACCGUUUGGAAUGGGACUAGGACUGAAUCGGUAGAAUUUGCUCCAAAAUCAGCUGAUACAUUCUUAGAGGAAAAUGUCACCGAAAUUAGCGCUGAAUGUAUUAGGGAUCGACUACAGGACCCAUCCGUGAUCAUAGGAACUAUUCAAAUAUUUGAUGAGAAAAAAAUAUCGAACCCAAAGAAGAAACCAAAUCCGGAAAUAAAUUUUGAAAUGUUGAGCGAAUUAGAGUGCCCAGUGUGUCUCCAUUACAUCAUCCCUCCGAUUUUCCAAUGCGUCACCGGCCAUAGUAUCUGUGGCACUUGUAAAGAACAAAUAACUCAAUGUCCAAUUUGCCGAGAGGAUAUCAAAAACACCCAAAACUUUACCCUCGAAAAAAUGGCCUUUCUUAUAACAUACCCUUGCAAGAACUCUGACCACGGUUGUGAUUUUGCCGAUAAACCUGGAAAGAUAAAACAUCACCAAAAGUACUGUCUUUACGGACCGCAACAUUGCCCUCUUAAAGAGUAUGAAAAUUGCAAUUGGAAAGGCUCUGCUAAAGAUAUCUAUCGCCAUAUUCAAGACGUCCAUCAUGAUAACAUUCUUGAAGUCGAUACAGUGAGAUUAUUUCUUGAUGGUAACUAUUUCGAGGAAGAGGAAAACACAUGCUACAUAAUGAAAUAUGGAGACGCUUUAUUUAAAUUGCACUAUCGGUAUUACAGGCAGCGUUUUUAUUGGGCAAUGCAACUGAUCGGACCCCCGGAAGAAGCCAAUAAAUAUAAAUUCGAAAUUGACAUAUGCGAUAAUAAUAAUAACAACCGCAAAUUAUUUUUGAGGAAUUUUUGUUCAAAUUUGAAGGAGAAGAAUGAUUGUUUUACUGAUGCCGACCAGUAUGUGUUUCUUGCACUUGACCAAAUUAGAUCGUUUUUGUCAGAGAUGUUGACUUUCAGAGUCCGAAUUGUCAAGUAGCUGCAGUAAUUAUUUCAAUUUUUUAUAUUUAGAGUUAAAGGAAUAAAUUAGUUAGUUUAUUUUGUUAUUUUUAUUACUGAUCAUGUAUUUUAUCAGUUAUUUGUGCCAAGAGGAAUAAACUUUAGAUUACUAA